GCUGAUCAAAUUACUCUGAAAUCUGAUAUUUCUUCGUAUAGAAUAUAUAUUAGUGAUACAUUAUGUAAAUGCUGUAAUGCCCGCCUUUACAAAUUUGUCUACCACAAGGAAAAAUGUCAGUUUCUCCAAUAGUCACUUCUCCAGAGAGUGACCAGGAUAGCCACGCUUUGUUGCAUCACUUUGAGUAUCAAAACCAAUCUAGUAUAAAUAUACAUGAAGUAACUCGAAAAAGAAGAUGUUUUCGUAGUGCAAGAAGUCGUACAUUUUCUACAGAUACAAACUCAGCAGAAACCUGUCCCAAAUCUCAAUUUUCAUGGUCAAGCAUCUCAAAAUUGGACAAAUCUGAAUGUCCAAAAGAUGUUAGAAGCAACACAAUAUAUUUGAAAUCUGAGAUUGAGGAUUUUGAAAAUGAUGAACCAGAGGCUUCAGGGGAAAGUGAUGCAGAGACGAGAGAUUCUCAAACUAAUGGGAAGAAGAAAAAAGAAUCUUAUUUCAUCUGGAGACUGUUCGCACAUGAACCGAACCAAGACACUGAAAAUGAUGAAAAGGUGAAAUCUGAUGAAUUACAAGCUGAUGAGAUAGAAAAUGACCUUACACCCCUCACUGAUAAGCCAAUUAAUGAAUCCCCCAAAGUUCAAACGGAUAACGAUACUAAUAUUGAGGAAAUAAAUGUCUCUAAUCCCUAUUCUUUAAACAGUUUGCAAGCUGAAAAGGGGGUUAAGACACCACCACAUUCAUCUGAAAAUUCUCCAACUGUCAAUGGGUUCCUGUAUUUUGCAAUUCUGUUAACCUUUUGUUUACCAUACAUGCAAAAUGGCAUAACUCAGCCAAAAAAGUCUACCAAAGAAAGUAAACGAAAGAAAAAAGAUUCCAGUGAGAAAAAUGAACGUGAGCGAAACACUGCACCGCUUUCAAGAAAUUCAAAGCCCCGAAUUAAUUGGAAGGAAUACAUAGAUCAUGAAAAAGAGGUUAACAAUAUACAAGUGAAAAAUGAAGUUUCUGAUCAAAUCAGAACGCAGAUUUCUGUCCAUACAGAAUGUUGGGUAAAUCGACAAAAACGGGCUGAAUCUGGAAUCUCAGGCUGUAAUAAUGACGCAACAGCAGCGAGCUCAUUUAACCAUGAAACAUCGACAGAAUUUCAAUCUCGCUUUUACCAGAUGGGCCAUCUGGUCAACAGUUGUACAAUAUUUAAUGACAAUAUUGUUCUCAAUAAUUUGAUAAAAUCGGAAGAAUUUAUUUACGAAAAAGGAAAAGCAUAUUACAAUAAAGAUAUAAAGAAAGAGAAGGACACAAUUCCCAGCAAUUUUAAUCUGAAGAACAAAGAUGACACCGAUUCUACAACAGAUAGAUGGUCUUGGAAACCCAUUGAAUCUGUAUCCAGGCACAGUCAUGUUACUUCAAAUUCUAUUUUCCUCGAAAAGAAAAUUGUUGAUAAAAUAGCUUUUCAAGCUCAAUGUUUAGGCAUAGGUGAAACAAUAAGCAACGCUGAAAACAAAAAUCCAGGAACAGCAGAAGAAGAAUUCGGUUCGGAAAGUGAAUGUCAAAAUGAGUAUGGAAAUGAAUCUACCCAUCAAACAAAAAUUAUUGAAAACUCAAAACUUCCAUCUCUAUGUUGUGAGGCCAGUGAAACUACAAGCGAUGAUAAAGAUCCAGAAAAAGAAAGUGGUGUUGCCAAAGGAAGCGAAACUAAAGAGAUUGAACCUGAACCUUUCCAACAAAACAAGGCUUUUGAAGAUGAGUUGGAACAUUGGUGCGACCUCUUAAUUUGCCGCAAAGAAAAGCCAUAUCAAAAAUCGGAAGCAUUUUUAGAAGAUGAAUUCCAAUUUUACAAAAAGAAAGAAAAUUAUGAGUCACAAAACAUUUUUGAAUGGUCGUUCAAACACGAAGAACUCUCCGAAUGUUUGAAUACGAUUCCUCCAGUGGACACUGCAACUUUCAACUCAGAAGAUUAUCUGUCACGUUUUCAAACAUUUCAAGGACUGAGGAUAAACUCUUGGUAUUCCUGGGAAGACUUUGCUAGAGCUGGAUUCUAUGUUAUUUUUGACAAUACAUUAGCUUGUUACAGUUGCUCUCUCCAAGUUCGCAUUGAAGAUGUAGUUUCUCGUCCUCCAGCAAACCCAAGAUGGCAUCAUCCAGGAUGUGGAAAUCUUCAAAAUUCAAGCUAUCACUCUCCCAGUUCAAGUUGUGGUCGUCGUUCUUAUGUAAGUUUACAGAACUGUUUUGGUGAUAUUGAGAGUGAUGGUGCUGUAUCUGAUGAUAUAAGAGAUCCUCCAGGACAACAAAGCAUCUAUAUUCCACCAGGUGACAGCAGACUUGAACAAUAUCGUUUAUCAACAUAUGAGCAUUAUCCAAUUUCUUCUCCAACUACCAGAAAAUCUCUGGCAAAAGCAGGAUUUUAUUUCACCGGAUUUUUCGAUCGUGUAAAAUGCUUCUGCUGCGCACGAACUGUAGAACUAUGGAAUGAUAUAGACAGUCCUUCUGAUAUAAGAUGGCAUAAAAAUGAUUGUCUGUUUAUAAGAGGACAUGACAGCGGCAACAUCCCAAUGAAAAGUUUAUUCAAUCGGAGCAAUGCACAAGCAAGCUCAUCCAGACAACAGGAAGAAGUUCUGCAACAAAUUGACCAGAACACAGGAAAUGUUCUAAGAACUGUCCACUAUCCUGCUGAUUUGCCAGAGAGAGUACGACAAACAGGAGGCACAUUUGAAAUUGGCUCUAAUAAUACAAUAAGAAUACAAACCGGUCCAGGACUUCAAAAUACUGGAAAUGGCGGUAAUUCAUCCCAACCAAGAAGAUGGAGAAUGGAAAAUGUGAUUUCAUCUGAUCACAGAAGAUUUUUAACUAAUUUACAUUUGAACAGAGAACUUGACAGACUUGCAUCAUUUGCACGAUGGCCCGUUGGUCGCCCGAGUGUGCCACCGGCUGCUCUAGCAAGAACAGGAUUCUUCUAUCUUGGUGACAUGGACAGAACUCAGUGCUUCUCAUGCGGAGGAGUUUUGAGUAAUUGGACACUUGAGGAUGACGCAAUGGCAGAACAUCGAUCUCAUUUUCCCAAUUGUAAAAUUGUUCUCGGAACCGAACAACGUAAUUACAAAGUAAAUGAGUUUCCCGACCCACCUGCAGAUCGUGCGAGAGAUUAUCCAUGCAGAUUUCCAUCCAAUCCACACAUGAGCAAUGAGGUUGCAAGACAAGAUACUUUUGAUCAUCGAUUGCCGGUGGGAAGAACAGCUGCAACUCCUGCAGAAAUAUCACAAGCUGGAUUCUUUUUUCUAGGAGAACGAGACCGCGUUAAAUGUUGGUAUUGUAACGGCGGUCUCCAGAAUUGGGAAUACGACGACAUGCCAUGGAUCGAGCAUGCAAAAUGGUUUCCAACCUGUCAGUUUUUAUUGCAAGUAAAGGGACAACAUUUCGUGUAUCGGCAUUUGUCUCUCAGUCCACAUCUUAAUCGUCCAAUCAUUGCUCGGCAAGAUGGGUCACCACUAGAGGGUGCUAUCCAGCCAGGAGAAUCACAUGAUAUUCCAGCGAAUGAAGAAAAAAGAAAGAUGGAAGAAGCAGUAGAAAAAUAUAUGAAAGAGUCUGACGAUGUGAAUAACAUACUAUCGAUGGGAUUCUCUGAAAGAAUAGUUCGAAUCGUUAUUGGAGAGAAACUACGAGAGGGAAAAUUACAAAACAUUCCUAUUGAAGAACUAUUGGAUGCUGUUAUAGAGAAGAAAAAAGAAUUAGAGCCACAGCCCAUGGAGGUAGAUGGUGAACCAAGCCAAGAAGGUGAAGUUAUCUUUAGUUUUUGCUUUCAAUUUAAAAAGAAUUUAUGCAAGUUCACUUGUAGUUUUAUCAUCAUGUUUAUUAUUCUCUAGUGAGAUAGCAAAAUGGUCAUUAUCAUAUUAUGGCUAGUUUCAUAUUGGUCUUUUCAGUGGUCACCAGUGCAGUCACUCCUGGGUACUUCCGUAGUAUGUGUACCAGCGGGGUUAUGCCAUAGUUUUAUUCCGAUUUUCCUUAUUUUAGUUCUCUUACGAGUUCGGGACUGUCUGUGUUGGCAAAGUUAACAUCCCCCUGACCAUAGGUUUCAUUACCUUUACACAACUUGAUGUAAAAUAGCCGAACAAAAUUAGUUACCUCCUUAUGGGUACACAUACUUCUGAAGUGCCCAUGUCAGUGCAGGUAUGUUCCCCCUUUUUAUUCACUGAACUGACAUUGCGCUAUUGCUUUGGCCAAUUAAAGUAUAAAACUGCCUAUAAAUCUAU